AUGCUCAACCAGCAGGGCACUGAACUCCCACCUCACGCUGCUCUGGAAGUAAACGAACAAUUUGCCAGUAAACAACCCGCACUACCGAAAGAAACACAUAAAUUCCCCACUGAAAAAGAACCGGAGAGGAGGCCGGAAGGGAGCCGCACAGUGCUGCAUAGCAUUGUCCGAAUGGAGGAGGUGGAUGAGUCUGAUAGUCGUUCCAUUACUCCUAUUUUCGAAGAGGAAAGACCAAGGGAAAAUGCAAAGCUGAAAAACCAGGUGUCACAACUAAAAAAUCAACUCAAAGAUCUGGAGGACACUCUGAGGGAGAAGUCUCAGAGGGUUGAGAAAGCACAGAGGUCAGAGAGAUCUCGCAGAGCAGAGAAGUCAUACCAGUCAGAGAAAUCCCGUCAGACUGAAAGGUCAGAGGAACGAGAACAAGAGUACACCUCUGGCAGCCGGGGGCACAAGGGCCACAAAUGCCACCACAUCCAUGAUUCACCAAGAGACAGAAAGAAACAGGGAAAAUACAAGGGGGAAAAGCGGGCCAAAACAUCAAAGGUCAAAACCACCACUAGCCAGAGCCCGUUCUAUGCUGAUAUCUUGGCGGAUACUCUGCCAAGGAGCUACAAACCCAUUUCACUCGACUACGAUGGCACUACUGACCCUUAA